AUGCCAAGUACACAGAGUCAAGGUGAACCACUGACUCCUUACGAUCCAGAAUUAAAUAGAACUUUGCGAAGGAUGAAUUAUCAAGGGGUCCCAGUCAAUCCUAUCGCAAGAAAUCUAGGUGAUGGAGUUGAGUUGCAGCCUCAUAGGGUUAAUUAUGAGAAUGCUAAAAAUCAAGGUGGUAAUCUAUUGGGAUAUGCAUUGAGGAUACAAAAUCCACUAGAACUGAGGCUGCGUGAUAACUAUAGGGUCGACUUCAAUGCCACUGCUUAUGAAGGACCUAUUGUUCUACCUCCGGGACAUACAUUUGUGGUGACGAGCAGUCUAAUGCAGAUGCUCACAGCGAGGGGUUUGUUCUCUGGUAUGGCAUCGGAGGAUCCACAUGGGCAUAUGGCCAAGUUGAGGAGUGUUUGCAAGAGUUGCGUGGGUCGACCGAAUUUAGACAUGAAUGUCAUUGGGUUGAGAGUCUUUCCUCUAUCAUUGACCGGAGAUGCUGCUGUAUGGUUUACUGAGCUUCAUUAUAACUCAAUUCACACAUGGGAUCAAUUGUAUAAAGUGUUCAUGGAAAAAUACUUCCCAGUGUCAAAGAAGCUGAACCACAAAGAUAAACUCAACAACUUCACAGCACUUCCUGGAGAGUCUGUGAGUAGUUCAUGGGACAAGUUCACUGCUUUCAUAAGAAGUGUUCCAAAUCACCGUAUUGAUGAUGAGUCACUGAAGGAGUAUUUCUAUAGAGGCCAGGAUGAUAAUGGUAAGGUUGUGCUUGAUACUAUCGCAGGAGGAUCAUAUGGUGAGUGCACUUUUAAGGAGAUCGCUGAGAAACUGGAGAAGAUUUCUCGAAAUAAUAAAGCAUGGAGCACUCGAAAGUCAGACAUUGGAAGAAGUACUUUUGCAGUUCAAUCUGCACCUAGUCAAUCUGCCGAUGAUAUUCGUGAGGAGAUGGCCCAGAUGAGGAUAGAACUUGGGUUGGUGUUGAAGCAUGUGAGCAGAGUGACUGCUCAAACGGGGGGUUUUCGAGAUAAUGGCCAAGGUUUUGAUUCGGAUAGUUGGUGCCAAGGUCAAAGAAACCAAGGUUGGAACUGUGGAAACUACAAUCGAGAGGGUCAUUAUGUCCGGGAUGGGAACAACAAUCGUGAUAACAACUUCAAUCGGAACAACUAUGGGAACAAAAAUAAUAUGGAUAGGCCAUAUGUUCCCCCUCAAAAUUGGGAAUCUGGUAAUAGGGAAGCUGGGGGUAAUAUGUCACGUAUUGAGGAUAUGAUGCAGAAGAUACUGAAGAGGUUUGAUUUGAAUGAUGAGAAUGUGAAGGAGAUGCGAAAUAAAUUGUCUGGAAUCGGUCAAAAAGUUGAUGCCCUUGCAGUGUUGAUCAAGCAACUUGAGAAGCAGAUGAAUCACUUGUCCACUACAGUCAAUCCACGUUAG